UUGGAGGUCUCUCUCUCUCUCUCUCACUCCACACCAUGACGGCUCACGUUUUGCCAGAGAAGGUUGUCCAGGAAAUCAAUCUGAUGCUGGGAAAUGAAAAUACUACUCCUGGCCCUAGAAGGUUGGAAGGGAAAAUAGCUAUAGUAACCGGCGGAGUUAAAGGGAUUGGAGAGGCCACGGUUCGACUCUUCGCGAGGCACGGGGCAAAAGUCGUUAUCGCUGAUAUUGAGGAUCUUCUUGGGACCGCACUCGCUAAUUCGCUAUCUCCUUCUGUUACCUAUGUGCACUGCGACGUUAGCUCGGAAGAGGACGUCGAGAACUUGGUGACCUCCACGGUCUCCCGCUAUGGACGCCUCGACGUCAUGUUCAACAAUGCCGGGUUGCUUGGGAACCAAUCGAAGCGCAAGAGCAUCAUGGAUUUCGAUGUGGGGGAGUUCGAAAGCGUGAUGAGCAUUAACGUGAAAGGCUCAGCACUGGGGAUAAAGCACGCGGCCCGUGUCAUGGCGCCAAGGAGGAGCGGGUGCAUAAUCUCCACGGCGAGUGUGGCUGGGGUCAUGGGGGUCGGUCCUCAUGCCUACACGGCUUCGAAGCAUGCCAUCGUGGGGCUCACCAAGAACGCGGCGUGCGAGCUUGGUAGGUAUGGGAUCAGGGUCAACUGCAUAUCGCCGUUCGGCGUGGCGACAUCGAUGCUCAUCAACGCGUGGAGGAGCAGCGACGGGGAGGAGGAAGACGAAGGCAUGAGUUUUGGGGUGCCCAGUGAGGGAGAGGUGGAGAAGAUGGAGGAGUUUGUGAGAGGACUUGCCAACUUGAAAGGAGCAACAUUGAGGGCUAAGGACAUUGCUGAGGCUGCUUUGUAUCUUGCAAGUGAUGAGUCCAAGUAUGUUAGUGGGCACAACCUUGUUGUGGAUGGUGGGGUAACAACCUCAAGAAAUUGUGUUGGCCUGUAAAAAGUAGCCUUUCCUCUUCACGGUUCUCUGCAUCUGAGUGUUCACUUUCUUCUCAUAAAUUAGGUUGCAGCAUUCUUUUAUUUGGCUCUCUAAGGGAGAUCUAUUUAUAUCUAUAUUUAUAUCCCUUGUAUGUCUCUCUUAAAUAUAUAU